CUGUAUAGCGGCUCAGCCGUCAGCCAAUGGGAGAGCAGUCUCUCUAUUUGUCUCCGCCGCGGGAUGCAGCAGUCCACAGAUAUAUCCUUCGCUGCUGUUCAGGUAAACGUUCAGUCUGACAGGUGUGCGCCUGGGGAACUGCGCCGCACCACCUUCAGUCUCUGCCUUGGGGUUGGUUCGGUUUGACUCCGAGGGCUGACUCGCUGGUCCUGCGUGUCCCCAGGUAAUCGGGUACGGAGGGCGCCCGCGGGUUUACAGAACGUGUACACGGUGCUCUGGCUGAGACCCCGUCGGGCGCGUCUAGGCAUAUCGCCACAGCCUGCCUGCCUGUCUUCGCGAGGGAAGGAGAGACGGGAGUUUUUGGCUUUCCCGGUUUCUAGACGGGGAAAACAAGCCGAAGAAGUAUGGGGAGGGAGCGGAGUUGCGGGCAGGCAGGAACUGCUUUCAUAGAAUCAUAGAAAUGAACAGUUCGAAGGGACCCAAAGACCAAAUAGACAACCCCGUGCAAUGCAGGAAAGAAAAAAGGGACGGAGAAAGGAGCCUUCUCGACCUCCCUCACUUUUUAAGAAAUCUAUCCCGCCCCCGCCGCCUAAAGCUGGGAGCCCGGCCAGGCUUCUUCGGGAAUCGAGCCCUGCGCUGCAGGCUUGGAGGGCAGCCACGCGAAGGGGAGAUGAAGCGGGUCCGCGUGGACUCCUAGAGGCUGGGCUGCUGGGCAAGCCCGGGCUUGCAGCGUUGAGUCGGUGGAGGAGAGGGUCUUAAUCUUUCAUUCCAGGGAAUUUAUUGGCUUUCUGGCUCUUUGAACCCGACAGGUCGGAUCCUGGAAUGACAGAUGGUGGGGUUUAGUUGACAACAAAAGCGCUCACCACGAAUUUGGAAGCCACGGAAGCAGAGCCAAGAACUGUGUUUUUUUUUGUGAUUGCAAGUUUUUAAAAACUGUUUUAAAUAUUUUUUUAAACGUAACUUUUAUUGACGUUUUAAAAUUGUUAGAAAAGGAAAACAGGGAGAUUAUACCAGAAAAAGCAUGAUGUAGCAUCAAGGUUUUUUUACUAGACCCUUUGGAAACUUAAAGUUUAUGGAAUCCCCACCCCUCCAAAUUAGGCUGUCUGCCAAACACUUUGAGUACCAAUAUUCCAAAUGAAUACUGCAUUUUCCUGCUGUGACCUACCCUGGGACCUAGGGUGAAGGCUGGAUAAUAAAUUCGUAACAACAUGUCACAGGAAAAAUAUGAGAUAAAUCCUCAAGGCCAUGAUUGUAAUACUAUAUCAUGCACUGUAGAUUGAUAGAUAGCUUGGUGGUGAAUGGGAACUAAACAGUUUCUCCUUAUCUGCAGUAAUAGAUGUGAUUUUAUUUAAACUGUGAUCUUUACCUAAAUUUAAAAAAUGCAACCAAUGCAUGCUUUGCUCCUUCCUGGCUUGCUAACAAAUUUUUUAAAAACUCUAUUUUUAUUAAAGAUUUCUUGGUUUACAAAAGUAUGUGCAAUGGCUCUUUUUUCAAGUUACAUUUUCUACAGAUCAGUUUCAUUUGUUGAGACUUGCUAACUAAAAUUUGAGCAGGGAUUAAGAAUGGCACAGCUAUUUGUGAUGCUGAAAGUUGUUUGUCACAACAAAGUUGCUUUGUAUCUCAGGGUGCAAGAGACUUUUUUGGGGGGGAUCACCCUGUCUGGGAAAAACCUUAAUUCUUAAUUCUCUCCCCCACUUUCCCCCCUUUUUGUUCUUUCAUAGUUUAGAUCCUAAGGAACGAAGUUCACAAGGGUGCCUGGCCAGCUACAUUUCUGACUGAGGAACUGCUGCGUUAGAGAUGAAGAAGGAAGUGUGGCUGAUGCUUAUGGUGGCGUUUGUUGCCAAUGUAAGAAUCUUCUCCAUUGUUAUCUGCUCCGUUGCAUAAAACUCUCUUGCGCUGUCAAGCUGAGGGGAGGGCAAGUGUUGGGGGGAUUAUAUUGAAAUCUUCAUUAUGGGAGUUACAGAGCACAGCCUCUAAUGAUUAGAGAAAUUCAUAAGAGCUAAAGCUAUCAGUGGGCUAGAACAUCGUUUCAGAGGUGAUAAGCUCCUGAAAAGCCAAAAUAAGGUUGUGGUGCUAUAAUCUCCCCCCCACCAAACAACCCUGGGAAUAAGUCCCAUUUAAGCACAGUGGAACUCACUUCUGAAUGGAGAUGCAUUGGAUUGCACCGCAAAUGUAUUAAAACUGUACUAGGAGGAGGAUGGGGAUGAGUACUUUUAUAUCCCAUGUUUUCCUCCUAAGGAGCUCAAGGAGGAGUACAUGAUACUCCCUGUUCCCUCAUUUAUUCCUCUUAUCCCAAGCCUUUGGUUUGUUAUCAUGCCAUGUAUUUUUGUGUUUUUAAACAUUAAACCUGUUAUGUACUGAAGUUCUCACCCGGGGCCAGCAAGGGGAUACUGUUGAUAGUUAUGCAAAUGAAGGAUCGAAAAGUGACGUCAGUGAUUGGAUAGUUUUGUAUGCAAAUGAAGGAUCGAAAAGUGACGUUCAGUGAUUGGAUAGUAUUAGAAAAUGGAAACAGUUGCAUUGUUCUGGAGCUCUAUAUAAGCAUGCUGACUGAGCUCCUCAGCCUAGUUCUGUUCUGGCAUCUGAAUAAAGAAGAGCUGUUUAAAGAAUCGCUGUGUCGUCUGACAUGUUCGCCCACAACAUAACAAAACCACUCUGUGAUCCUCUAAUGGAGAGCAGUAUAUAAAUUUCAUAUCCUUACAACAGCCCUGCAAUGUAGGUUAGGCUCAGCGGCAGUGUCAACCCAGGGUGUGGCAGCCAUGGAAAAGGGAAACAUCAUUACAAAAGGCCAUGAAAAAAGAAAACUUCCAGUAUUACAAAUCUUAUACAAAUAUACUGUGGGAUCACAUUUGAAAUGCUCCGUACAGUGCCAAUUGCCUCACCUAAAAAGGAUGUGGUAGAGAUGGUUCAAAAAAAGGGCAACCAAAAUUAUCAAGGGGGUGGAGCGACUCCCCUGGGAGGAAAGGUUGGUGUGUAGGGGACCUUUCAGUUUGGAGAAAAGGCAAGUACAGUGGUACCUCUGGAUGCGAACAGGAUCCGUUCUGGAGCCCUGUUCACAUCCUGAAGCAAAUGCAACCGGCUUCCAUGCAUCUGCGGGUCGCAAUUCACCGCUUCCACGCAUGCGUGUGAUGUCAUUUUGAGCAUCUGCGCAUGUGCGAGCGGCGAAACCCGGAAGUAACACGCUCCGUUACUUCUGGGUUGCCGCAGAGCGCAACCCGAAAAUGCUUAACCUGAAGCUAUUUUAACCCGAGGUAUGACUGUACGAGGGAACAUGAUUGAAGUUUAUAAAAUGGUACAUGGCAUGGAGAAAAGUUCUCCCUCUCUCAUAACGCUAGAAGUUGUGAGCAUCCAAUGCAACUGAAUGUUGGAAGAUUCAGGACAGAUAAACGGAAGUCUCUUUUCAUUCAGCGCAUAGUGAAACUAUGGAACUCAGUCCCCUAGGAGCCAGUGAUGGCCACAAACUUGGAUGGUUUUAAAAGAGGAUUAGUCAAACUUCUGGAGGGAGAAGACUAUUGUUGGUUAAUAGCCAUGAUGGCUCUGCUCUGCCACCAUAGCUGGAGGCAGCAAUGCUUCUGAAUGCCAGUUGAUGGAAACCACAGGAGGAGAAAGGGCUCAUGCUUGUUUCCUGCUUGUGGGCUUCCCAUUUGGGCAUCUGGUUGGCCACUGAGGACCAGAUGCUGGACUAGAUGAGUCAUGGCCUGAUCCAGCAGGGGUCUUCUUAUGCACUUAAUGAGCUGGGUGUUCUUGAAGGCAGGACGUGUAUAAAGUGCCCCUUUUGCAGGUCUCCAAAUAACUGAUAUUCAGCAGUACCAUGGUUGUGGGGUUUCCAUCAUUAUGCACCAAGAGGUGUCUCUUGCAGUGAUUUGGAAGUUUCUGUGUGCAACAGGUUCAAGCAGAGGCACUUUGGGAGUUUAGGAAGUUAAGCCCUAAGAAAAAAGGAUUGUUGUGCUGGUUUUUGUUUACUCCGUUUGCAAUACAAUCAUCCAGGUCCCUGGGAAAGAUCACAACCUUAAGCUAAGGACAGAUGCAAGUUAAUGCAGACCUUUAGAGGCUCUUUUCCUUCUGACAGGUACCACAGUUGCCUGCCAACCCACUCAAAUGCAAACAGGAUGAGUACCUGGACGAUCAGGGGAGAUGCAGCCCUUGUCUGAAAUGUGGUCCUGGAACGGAGCCUUCCAAGGUAAUCUGAAGCUGUUCAGGGCUGUCAAUAAUACCUUCUGGGCUUGGCCCCCUCCGCUCUGGGCAGCAGCAUAGUGUGGGUUGCCAGCACCUGGGACGGGCAAGUCGGUGCCAGAGUGCUCCAUCCCACUGGAGCCAAGUGAGGCUGUGCUGCACCACCUACCCACAAAAGAUGGAGCCCAGCUCCCCAUGGGCCUGAGUUGCUCUGCCACCCACCAGGGUGGGGCAGAUAUCCCUGUGGGAGUGCCUGGUUGCACCCUCUCAGAAUUUUGUGUCUGGGACCAUGCCCCCCACCACCACACACACAUUACACCACUGGCUGUGAGAUGCCGGUUAGAGAUUCCUGGUGUAGAAGAUUUUUUUCAAUUGAUCACUCCAGUUAUGAUAUUGGAGACAGCUCUUAUUUGAUUGGAAUAGGAACAGCUGCUGGGAACCCACAUAAGUGGAGUCCACAGAUCUAUAAAUCACACUGGCUUAUACAGAGGCAUUCCCUUGAAGGAAUGGGUUUCUUUUCCCGGACAUCGGUCCCUACAUAUUUUGUGGUGAGCACAUAAGAUAAAGUAUUGACGUGUUUUCUUGGUUCCCCUAAAGAGUCAGGGUCAUCCCUUGCUGUAACUGAUAAAGGAGAGAGCUUGUUUAUGCAAUUGUGUCCUUCUUUUGCUUUUGCUCAACAGCUCAAGUUUUACGCAUUUUAAAAUGCUGUCUUUUGAAAGAACAAAAGGGGGGGGUUGAGUCAGUUUUAAACUUGCUACACAGAAACCCAUUCCUUCACCCUCACCUUAGCUUUGCAAAUGGGUAGAAAUUAAAUCAUGUCCUUAGAGGAAAUGCAGGUCUGGAUUAUUAGAGCUGCAUUCAGCAGGAAGAACAAAGUUUCUACUUUCUAUUACUGGUGUAAUCUGUUAAAUGGAAGCGUUGUUGUUGUUGUUGUUGUUGUUGUUACUAUUACUAUUUUUAUUUAUUUGUUUACAUUUGUAUCCCACCUUUCCUCCAAGGAGCCCAAGGCAGUUUACGUACUACUUCUCCCCAUUUAAUCCCCAUAACAAUGUUUUGAGGUGGCAUAGUCUGGGAGGCAGUGACUAGCUCCCAAGGCCAUUCCGUGAGCUUCCAGGCUGAGGUAGCAUUUGAUCCCUGGUGUCCCAGGUCCUAGUCUAGCACUCUAACCAGUAUGCCAUACCGGUUCAGGUAGAAGACCCCUAACGGAUGCAAUGAAUUCGGAUCUAUUUACAAACUGUGUUUAACCGUGUCAUUUACAUUGUAUAAUUACUGAAUUUUUAUUGGGUAGCAGUAGGUACAUGGGGAUUGCUUGUUAUAUGUAUUUUAGAAACGGAUAGUUAAGAAGGUGAAAAAAACAACUUAGAAAAGGAUGCCAAACCUUCUGCCUGUGGCAUUUCAUCUGGCUCUUUUUUGGUGGGGGGGACACGGUCUCAGGCUGCAGCUACAGUCAAUGGCUUUGUUCCUGUGUUUCGACAGGAGUGUGGUUAUGGUGAAGGGGGAAGUGGCCAUUGUGUUCCAUGCCCGCCCAGGAGGUUCAAGAACAACUUGAGCCACCUUGGCUGCAAGCCCUGCGUCUCAUGCAGUCUCCUCAACCGGAUCCAGAGACACAACUGCUCCUCCAUCUUGAAUGCAGCCUGUGGAGAGUGUUACCCCGGGUAAGUACAAGGUGAACUCCAAGAGCAACACAGGACCUGUGGAACUGGCACUCUUACAAGUGCCACAUAAUACCCAUUUCACAUUUGUAAGAAUUCAAUCUUUAGUGCAGCAGCACCAACACUGGAACUCCUUGCCUGUUGACAUCAGAGGGACACCUUCACUGUACUCUUUUCAGCAGCUGCUGAAAACAUUUUUGUUUAGGCAAAAUGUCCAGAUGCUUAAAAAGUUGAUGUCUGUUUUAAACCGUUGGUGGGGGUUUUUUUUGUUUUUUGUUAAUUGCUUAUUUUUAUCUUCUAAAUGUUUGAAAGAGUUGGUUUUUUGAAGAUAAUUAUAUUGUUCUCUUUGUGAACUGCUUUGAGGUGGUUGUUUUUCCAGUCAAGCAGUGUAUAAACUUUAUGAAAUAAAUAAAAAAUUCUCAUCAGAGUAGCUCUGUCCACUGGUUUGUGUUUUGGUGCAACUGAACAUGAACUGGGUGCAUGGUGAAGCAUUCGUCCAAUUGAUUCACCCAGCAUUGGAUGUAGUAAUUGUGCAUUGGGAACAAUUUGAGUGCAUGGAUUGGUCCUUAGCACUGCAGUGUUGAGGGACACAGAGAGCCAGUGUUGGAAAAAUACUUAAACAGCAGCAAUGGGGGCUUUGAGCUAAUGACCACUGCACAGAGCAUCCUCUGUCACUCAGGUUCUUUUGGUACAUAUGGCUCUCAUAACUUGUCUGCUCCAUUUUUCUUCCUCUUGACAGUUUCUACAGGAAAAUUCAAAUUGGAGGGGAGAGGGCUCAGGAAUGCAUUCCUUGCACAAGGCGGACCCCCUCCUCUGAGCUAGACUGUAAGUACCUGCUAGGUCUUUUGCCCAUCUGUUUCCCCCAAUUCAGAUUGCAAUUUCAUCAUGCCACUUCAUUCUAGAACUGUUUCAACUGCAGCAGCGAGGGAAAAAAUGCUUUAAAAGAAAGAAGUUCCAUACUAAGGGGGUGGGGGCAGGGAAUGCAAGAUUCUACAAUCUGUAUCAAUUUAUGCACGUAUUUCAAAUUUCACAUUUUGCAUAACUUAUUCUGCUGGUCAAGUGAAGAAAUCACUGAAGUUUCACUGAGACUAUAAAUCAUGCCCCUGGAAACCCGACUCAGACCAUUACCCUCUCGCAAGCUAUUUUUGCUGUAUCCAAGACCACAGUUUCUACUUGUGUAAAAUUAUAACAGCGUUGCUUUAGAAGCCCUAUCUAUUUUCAGGUUACUUGUUGUAUUUCUAUAUCCCAUCUUUUUCUCCAAAGAGCUCAAGGUGGCGUAUAGACAGUUCUCUUAUGAAAUCCCCACCACAGCCCUGUGAGGUAGUUUAGUCUGAGAAGCAGUGACUGACCCCCAACGUCUCACGCAGUGAGUUUCAUGGCCAAGUGUGGGAUAUGAAACCUGGUCUUUUUCCAGGUCCUAGUCUGACACUCUAACCACUACGCCACACAGUACGUUGCACUUUAUUGGGCCCUAACUCUCCCUUGUCCCCUUCAGUGCAGGGAGUUCCAUAGAUGGAGCUUGGAGCUUUUAGCAGCUGUUGACCCAUAGAAGCAACACAUGUCCUCACUGAAAGGGUUUUUUGCCGCCGCCUCCUCAUGCCUGCAGAUUAAUGCACCCUGAAGUAAAGAAGCUCAUCUCCUGCUGGGUGGCCCUGCCAAUUCCUUCAAUGUUUUGUUUUCUGCACAGUGGCGUAGCAUGGGGGGGUGCAGGGGGGGCCGGCCGCACCGGGCGCAACAUCUGGGGGUUAGGGUUAGGGGGCGCAAAUCCACGGGUUAGGGGGCGCAAAUUACUUGCCUUGCCCCGGGUGCUGACAACCCACGCUACGCCACUGUUUCUGCAAACCUUCUGAGAUGGAGGGCUGCAACGAAUUUCAGUUUUGCAGUCUGGAAAGAUGCAGCCCCCCCCCUUUUUGCAUUUCCUGCCCAGCCAGUAUGCUUACUGAAGGGCAACUGGGAUCUGUGACCUUACUAAUGAGCAAACUGAAGCAUCUGUGGCUGUUCAUUCCUCACUGAUGCGUCUGCAGGUGACUCCGAAGAGAGCGUAGUGCCGGUGAAGUAUCCCAUACCUGCUACUCAGGACCUGCUCUUUGUGGUGCUGACCCUCACCACGUUUAUCAUCACUGGGUUGGCACUGGUGACCGUCACCAUCCUCUACUGCAAACGGAUCUGGAAGAACCACUGCCAGCAUGGUGAGUCAGUCCUGUGCAGAAACUCUUACUCCCUUCCGUUCCAGUGGCUGCUAGCCAUGGUGGCUCUGCCUCCACAGUCAGAGGCAGUCAUGCUUCUGAAUAGCAGGAGGGUGGGGAGGGUCCCCUUGUGCUCAGGUCCUGCUUGUGGGCUUCCUUUUAGGGGCCUCUCGUUGGCCACUGUGAGAACAGGAUGCUGGGUGAGAUGGGCCACUGAUGUGGUUCACUGGUCCUGCUGAGAGGUCUCACCUCUCAAGAGGUUUUUUCACUUCUACAGAAUAUGUUCUAUUGCUUUCUCCACUUCCUUUGGCAUUUCUUGCUGUUGACUACACCCUUCCCCACUUUUCUGCACCAUCCUAGACAGCCCCAUAAUUGUGUCUCUUACCCCAGGGCUCUUUAAACUUCCUAAGUGUGGUGUGAGCAGGUAGAAUGGAGAGUAGCUAGCAGGCUAGUGGGACCCAGAGGACCUAUUCUUUGCACAUCCCCUCUGGAUGCUUGGUGCAAGUUACUGCUUUUUGUCCUCAGUUUCCACGUUUGCAAAAAUGGGCAUAAUAGGUGCAUAUCUCGUUGGGCUGUUGUAAAAAGGAAAAUGCUAAUUGUGAAGUGCUUUCUAUAGUUUGAGCAGUGCUUUUCUUAUUAUGUAAUAAUAACUGAGUUGUAAUAAAAGAAAGGUGCUAGGUUGUCCUAAGUUACAUAUGUCCUUACUUUAUAAUAGGUAAUUAAUUACCAAUCACAAUAAUAACUGGACUGGUUCUUUUCCUUUUUUGACAAGCUCUGUGGAUAGUCAGAAUGUGGUCAGGUGGGAUUAAUAAAACACACAUUUGUUUUAUUUACUGAAUUUAUAUCCCACCCUUUUCUCCAUGGAGCUUAAGGUGGCACAUGCAGUUCUCCUUCCUCCUCACUUAAUCCAACAACCCUGUGAGGUAGGUUAGACACAGAGAAACAGCAAUUGGACCCAAAAGUCUCACCCAGUGGCCUUCACAUGGCCGAGUGGGGAUUCAAAAGUCCCCAAAAGUCCUAGCCCAGUGCUGUAUCCACCACAGUACACUGACUCGCAUCAUGGCUAUGUAGUCAAGGUAAAAAGGUAAAGGACUCCUGGACGGUUAAGUCCAGCCAAAGGUGACUGUGAGGUGUGGUGCUCACCUUGCUUCAGGCCGAGGGAGCCAGCAUUUGUCCAGGCAGCUUUCUGGGUCAUGUGGCCAGCAUGACUAAACUGCUUCUGGUGCAACGGAACACCGUGACGGAAACCAGAGCACACGGAAAUGCCAUUUACCUUCCUGCCACAGCAGUACCUAUUUAGCUACUUGCAUUGGUGUGCUUUCGAACUGCUAGGUGGGCAGGAGCUGGGACAGAGCAAUGGGAGCUCACUCCGUCGUGCAGAUUCGAACCGCCAACCUUCUGAUCGGCAAGCCCAAGAGGCUCAGUGGUUUAGACCACAGCACCACCCAUGUCCCUGGCUAUGUAGUAUCAGUUUCUCAGUGUAUGAAGACUUACUUGCAAGGCUGAUAUUCCUGUUUUUUUUAUUCCUUACAUCGCUGAUGACUAGGUGUGUGUGUUGACAGUGUUUUUCCUCUGUAUCUUUUUUAUCUUUCAAGCGUGCCAGAGUAGUCAGGAUUUAUCUGACCAGGAGGAGACAUUUCAAGAUUCUGCCAUGUCUGCUGCCUUCCCUUGCCGCACGUUCCUGUCCAACUCCUUCUCUGUAGCCAUCAAGCGUUUGAGUCCUUGGCAAAGGCCACAGGAAGGUAAUACUCUAAUGGUGAUGCUCUGAGGCCCAGAGGGGGUGGGCGGUGAAGGAAUUGUGGUUUCUCCAUCUCUCUCUCUCUCUCUCUCUCUCUCUCUCUCUGUCUCCGUUUCUUUAAGCAAUAUAGUUCAUGUAUCCAAAUACUUAGGAUCUUAUUCAAACACAGGAAUCUAGCAUGCUUAACAAUAGAACUUUCGGACAUCCAAUGUAGCUGAAUGUUUGAAGAUUCAGGACAGAUAAAAGAAAAGGGGCUUCUUCAUGCUACACAGUUGAACUUUGGAACUCCCUGCCACAGAAGGCAAUGGUGGUCACCAACUUGGAUGGUUUUAAAAAAAGGAUUGGGCAAAUAAUGGAGGAGGAGAAGGCUAUCAAUGGCUACUAGCCAUGAUGGCUGUGCUCUACUGCUACAGUUGCAGGCAGCAGUUCUUCUGAAUUCCAGUUGCUGGAAGCUGCAAGAGAGGAAAGGCUUCUUGUGCUCAGGAACUCCUUGUGAGUUUCUCUUUGCGGCAUCCACUGUGAGGACAAGACACUGGACUAGAUGGGCCAUUGGCUUGAUCCAGCAGGGCUCUUAUGACCAAAAGAUCGGCAGGAUCAUGAGGGUGAGAUGCAAAUGACAGCCUGCGAGAGAAGCCAACAGUAAUUUGGCCUUCUUAGUUUAGAACAGGGGUGCACAACCUGCGGCCCUCCAGAUGUUGUUGGGCUACACCUCCUAUCAUCCCUGACCACAUGCUAUGCUGGCUGGGGCUGAUGAGAGUUGUAGUCCAGAAAAAUCUUGCUGGGGGGUUGCAGUUUGUGUACCCCUGGAUUAGAAGAAGCUCAAGGAAAGGGAAGCAUGAUCAGGAAGACCCAUUGCUUUGAAUAGCUUUAAUUUUUCAUUUGCAAAGGUACAGAUGAGACUGUUGCCAAUUUGGGAAGGCAGAGGGAAAAUCCAUUGGUGUUGGGAGGAGGAAUUAGCUACAUAGAGAUCCAUGAGGUGAUUUGCCUUCUCCUCUUCCCUUUCCUGGGAGACCAGGGAGAGGUGGCUGUAGGAAACCAGUGCCUUUAAAUUGAGAGAUUUGCAGAGGGGGGUGGGGGGGUCCUAAUUUCAACAGCAUUUAUGAAAGCCAUAUUCAAAUACCUGAAGAGCUGCCGCAUGGAAGAGGGAGCAAGCUUAUUUCCUCUUGCUCUGGAGGAGAGCAUGCAAACCAAUGGAUUCAAAUUACAAGAAAGGAGAUUUUGACUAAACACCAGGAAGAAUUUUCUGAGGGCAAGAGCCAUUUGACAAUGGAAUGGACUCCCUUGGAAGGUGAUGGACUGUCCUUCCUUGGAUGUUUUUAAGUGGAAGUUGGGUGGCCCUCUGUCAGGGAAUCUUUAGCUGUGAUUCCUGCACUGCAGGAAAAAAUGGGACUGCAUGAGCCUUCGGGGUCCCAACCUUACAGUUCUAUAAUUCUAAACAACAUCUUGCUCCAUGUUCUUAAAUUGUCUCUUUUCCCCUCCCCUUGAUUUUUUAAGGUCUGGCUGAAGCUGUCCACUUUGUCUCAAGAGUUCCUGGGGUUCACCGGCCCUUCCAGGAGCCCGACCGGGACUUUGUUCAGGUGAUUCCUGCCAGCAAUCAAGCUCCUCUGGGCAGGAGCCUUGCGGAGCACCAGCACUUUUUCAGGGACUCUGGCUACAGCGACUAUUCCUUGACAGACCUUAGACAGGACUGUGGUGCAGCCCCCAGUGGCCCCCCAGUGGCCCCUGUCUCCUCAUGUGCCACGGAGAGGCUAGACCACUGGCCUCAUGCCCCCGUGGAGUGUACAGAGCUGGACCUGCAGAACCUCUCCACCCAGGCUGACGUCCUGGCCACCAUAAGAGAAGAGAAUCACCAUGGGGAAGGGGCUGCUGAGGCAGGGAGCAGCAGUGGGCUGGAGCUGAACCCUACAACUCCUGAAUGUCCUGCCUGCCGAGAAACAGAGGCUUGGCUCGCUCCUCAAUCUUUUUCAUCCUUCCAAAACCUUACAGUUGAAAGCAGGGAGCAGCCGGUUAGUCACCCAACUUCCUCUGCUCUUGAGCAAAAAACUAUAGAAGGGAAAAUAAGGGGCUGCCCUUUAUUAUUAUUAUUAUUCUGGCUGUUUUGAUGUGCAGAUUUCUAUAGGCCACUUGACUGUAAAAAACCAAAUUGUUUACGAAAAGAGUAAAAGAGAGAUUACUGGUAAAUACAGUUAAAAAAAGGGACGCGGGUGGCGCUGUGGGUUAAACCACAGAGCCUAGGACUUGCUGAUCAGAAGGUCAGCGGUUGAAUCCCCGUGAUGGGGUGAGCUCCCAUUAUUCAGUCCCUGCUCCUGCCAACCUAGCAGUUCGAAAGCACAUCAAAAUGCAAGUAGAUAAAUAGGUACCACUCCGGAGGGAAGGUAAACGGCGUUUCCGUGCGCUGCUCUGGUUUGCCAGAAGCGGCUUAGUCAUGCUGGCCACAUGACCCGGAAGCUGUACGCCGGCUCCCUCGGCCAAUAAAGCGAGAUGAGCGCCGCAACCCCAGAGUCGGUCACGACUGGACCUAAUGGUCAGGGGUCCCUUUAUCUUUACCUUACAGUUUAAAAAUAAUAUGGAAAAUAAUCAGUGAUAAAAUGAAAUCCAGAUUAAAGCUCAUCUCGACAUUCUGCACAUCAGGGUAGGCUUGUGUAAACAAAAAUGUUUCUAGUAGUACCUGCUUGAUGUAAAUAGGCAGGGAGUUCUGAAGUGUAGAUGUUGGCACACAAAAGGAUAGAUUUCUGGCAAAUGCAGAGAAGUAUUUUGUGGCACCUGUAACAGUUCUGGUUCUGCAAAUGGCAAUGGCUGUGUGGGUGAAUGAAUGAAAUCUUUAUUGCUAAAAGCUAUAAGCCGUUACAAUUGGUCACAAUGUGUAGGAUACAAAUAAUUAAUUUAAAACUGAACAGCAACAACAGCAAAGCAAACAUACAAUAAUGCAAAAAUCACAUUUACAUAUGUUAAGCACUCUACUUCUCACUUCCCCUUAUGAUACUUGUAUUGGUGCUAAGCUCACAGCUUACUUGCAGCCAAGGCAAAUUUUGCAACCUGUGCAGUAAUAAAUAUGUUAUUGCCAGCCAGCAAAAUAGAUAUUUGCUCAAGGGGAGGUCGGUUGGAGAGAGAACAAAGAAUGUAAUCAAGGAUUUUUUUUCUAGGGGAUGUAUAUAAAGAGCAUCAUAACAAAUACUGUUGAAUAUCCCCCGCAUCUCCCAACUCACAGAUGCAGAGUCUUUGGUACACAGGGGUGUUAUUAAAUCUUCCCUUUAGAUAUGCGGAGGGCACACACUGAAAACACAAAGCUGUAAAUGCUUUUCUAAGUAGUGCCAGCAUGAGAUUAAUAAAGUAUUGCUCCGGCCCAAAAGAUGUUUUAUAUAUUGGAUACCAGGAUGAAUAUGACAUCUGGGACAGUGAAUGAAGGUCCCUCCAUUUAGAGACUAAAUAAAAAUUUUCUUUGAUGAGUUGUUUGACUCUGUUAGAGGUAAAAUUUGAUAGGGAGUCCGCAUUAAACCCAUAAUAAUGGAGACUCUUACUGACGGAGUUUGCUCAAGAGCUUCGUGGCAUAGAUUGCAAUUGCUCUAGGAAGCAUUUUUUAGGGAGCCUAGUAUUACUCAUGCUAACCAACUUCAGCCAGAAUAGGGCUAGUGCUACAUGCACACUGGUUUGUAAGGAAAUUAGCCCUGCUUCAGCUCUUAAAAAGGGGGCAGGUAUACCUUUGGGAACAAUCAACAGUGAUUUCAGGAAAGAGUUCUGCACCACUUCUAACGGGAGGACAUUACUAUAUCUAUAUCCCCAAAUCUCUGCACCGUGCAAUAAUUGUGGCACAAUCUUCUUUUGAAAUACCUUAACUGUGGGGGCAACUAAACUCCCACCCCUGACCUCCGCAAACCGUAAUAAAGAAUGAAUCAAGUGAGAGGAUUUCAGUUUAGCUGCGAGGAGGUGUGGCUUCCAGGACAAUUUUGAAUUAAAACCCAAGCCCAGGUAUUUAUAAUAGCGUUGUUGUUCAAUGGGUUUAUUGUCCGAACUCCAUCUGUGAGGUUUUCUCUUAUUCCCCAAAAUCACCACUUUAGUUUUAGAAUGCUUGACUGUUAACUGGGUUGAGCGGGUGUACAUGGUGUAAGGUGAUUGUGCACAUACAUUAGUCCUUAGCAGGUAUGGCCUUCAUAUAGUACUUAAAUACUUCUUUGCCACUUUUCUAAAGUUGUGCUCAAAGCAAAUAAUGGUCCAAAGCUGAACAGCAUAUAAGCAACUUUGCAGGAGGUUGGACUAGAUGACUCUACAGUUCUGUGAGCAUCUCAGUCACUAUACCUGUUAACGCUAUGAAUGUCAGUUGGGUUAGGCACAUACAGAAGUGUUUUGGGAGGCAAGUCUGCUCCUGAUUUCCCACUCCUACAGGUGCCACAUGGCACCCACUCUGCCUCUGUAAGAAUGGAUGCUGACUAGGGACAGAGGAGAAACUUGAUUUAAACCUGCCUCACACACAGGUUUCAAAACCGAAACAGCCAUCCUCCAAAACCUGGACUUCUCUAGCUAAGUGAUGUGUGCAAAAAAGCACAUACCAGCAUAAAUCAUGAAUAAAAUUGUGUGUAUUGGUGAAAGUCAGGUGCAAAAAUGCAUUGUACUAAGAGGAAAUUGUUCUGCAAUAACGUGUGUUAGUCAUAUACAAAUGGGAAUAAUGGGAAGAAGUUGCACUAAAACACUUGAGUUUUCCUGAGGGGCGUGUGUGUGUAUAUACACAAACAUUCAAAGUGUUGAGAACUGAACUUGGAAUAAAGAGGAAACAGAAUGAAACCAAAAAAGAAAGAUUUGCCCACCCCUAGUGCUGACAGAGUGAUGUUGACAAGAUUGCCCUGCAAGUAUUUCCUACUAGCUGACUUGUUUAUUUUUCCCCUUAUCAGGAGAGUGAUGUUUGGAACCUCGUAGCCAAGACUGACGAUGCCACACAAGGUGAAGAAGUGUGCACCAUUUGCCAGCAGAAGCAUUAGUCCAGUUGUGCUCCAAUGUGACAUCAGAGUCAGUAUGUCAUACUAGGACCUAGGAAAGACCAGGGCUGAAUUCUCCGCUUGGACAUGAGGCUCAUGUCAUGAGACAAAGGUUCUUGAGAGCAGAAUAAGUAACGCAAGGCCUACAAGGCCUACACAAUCAUUCAAGCCUGAAAACUGAUAAUUGUUAAAAGCAAACUGCUGAAUCAUUGUAAUUUAUCUACAGGAUCACUCAUUCUCUCUAUAAAUUUGUAGCCUGUUUGCAGGCAGGCCCAGUGUAGUAUCUGUGCUGCUGUUGUAAUGGGUUACUGUGAAUGUAAAUCUAAGGCAGACAAGAGUGGCUCCAGGACUCUAGUUAAUCAGUAGUUAAGACUACGCCUCUGUGAAGAGUCAGAUAGCUACUAUGAGCACUCUGUGUAUGCUCUUUAACUAUGCUGUUUAUGAACAAGUUAAUUUUCUUCAUUAAAGUUUAAUUCUGUUUAUGAAGAAGACUCUGCGUUGAUUAAUUUACCGCUGCGCGACAGUUCACUGGGUGGCCUUGGGUGCCAGUCACUCACUCUGAGCCUAAGCUGCCUCACACGGUAGUUGGGAUGAUUGAAUGAGGAGGGAGAGAACCAUGUACACUGAGCUCCCUGGAGGAAAGGUGGGAUGAUAAUAAAUGAUUAAAUCUCCAAUAAGGAGCACCUGCAGCAAAACGUUGCCGUGUGUAAUACUUCUAUUCAGGGCUCCAACUACUUCCCCACCCUUCAGUUUUUGUUCCUCUCCCCCAAAUACAGUCAGUCAACAAUCUGUGGCCAUCGAACAUGCUCAAACCACCUUGGGGUGCUUUUCUGAGCAGGGGAGCACUUCCCCUUAUUUCCACCCUCCCUUCAAAAAGUAUUUUAGUGUGGCAGCAUCUUGAGAAUUCCCUGCCUACUCUUUUUGGUGCCAGCUAAAAACAUAUAGGAAAGCCUGUUGAGAAAUUUAGAAAGUUGAUGUGUUUGUAGUUUAUUGCUGGUUUUAGCAUUUUUGGAUGUUUUAUUCUGUAAUAUUUUUGAAUGUUAUUUAUUUUGUAAACCACUUUGAGGCUUUUUAACAAUCAAGUGGCAUAAAAUUUUUAAGAUUAUUUACAAGA